UGGCAACAUUGUUUAAAACCAUUCCGGAGGCUGUCGAAAAUCGUCGCUAUGGCUCAUCUUUGUCUAAUUUUGUUCGUCUCGUCUGAUUUCAGUUUCUUUGCUGAUAUGUCUAGAACAGUGGCUGUUUUUUCCAAACACUCCACCUCUCUUUUAAACAAACUGAGGGAGCUACUGCCCUCUCUGGUGUUUGUGGAAGUUUUACCAUCAGACCUAUCGCCUCUCAAGGAGGCGGAGAUCAUUGUUGGCGACUACAAUCUGAUCGCCCCACAUCUCUAUCAACUUCCCAAACUCAAAUGGGUGCAGGGAACAUGGGCCGGCCUGGACUCUUUGUGGCCCCACAUCGACAGGCAAGCGCCCCCAAAGUUCCCCAUUACGCGAACAUCGGGGGAAAACUUCGGAACACUCAUGCGAGAAUACGUGAUAGCCAACAUGGUGUUUUGGGAAAGAAACUACUUCAAGGCGAUAGAGAACCAGAAAGCGAAGCUCUAUGAUAGAGACGUGAGCCCUAACGACUAUCGCUCGAUUGCGGACCUGAAGGUCGCCAUAUUGGGAGUGGGGUCUAUUGGAAGCAUUAUUGGAAGAUCUUUGAAAGGUUUGGGGGCGACAGUGUAUGGUAUGGGGCGCAGAGCGACAAUCCCGCUGGAGGCCCCGGAAAAUGCUUAUUUGGAGAAAUACUAUAACAAAACCGGGCUUGGCGAGCUGCUGAGCAGCGUGGAUUACAUCGUGAAUGUUCUGCCCAAAACCCCGGAAACUACCAAUAUUUUAGGGAAUGGAAUGUUGAAACACUGCAAAAAUAAAAAUGUGGUUUUCAUCAACAUCGGACGAGGAAACGUGCUAACGGAACUCGAACUAGUCCAGGCCCUAAACGAGAAAUGGAUAUCCGGAGCGAUUCUGGAUGUCUUUGAAAAAGAGCCUUUGCCUCAGGAGAGCCAACUCUGGACGCUCCCCAAUGUUUUUAUUACGCCCCACAUUUCGGGCAACAGUCGGGCUCAAGACAUUGCGGAAAAAUUCCGAAUCAACCUGGCCAGGUUUGAGAAGAAUGAGCCUUUGGUGAAUCAGGUCGACUUCGACAAAGGCUACUAGCUACUGUAACUUUUGAAUAAAUUACUUUAUUGUACAGUUUCAAA